AUGAGGCUCAAAGAAUUCGGAGUGGUACAAAAAGUUGCACAGAAUGUGAGUGGUGCCCCACCCGAAGGAAAGGGUAACAGACACCCCACCUUACGCUCGACAACGCCUGGAAUAGGUAGACGUCGCAAAGUUCGCUGUAUUCGAGCCUCUGAAGAUGCCUUGGCUUGCCGACGAUGCGAGGAACGGGGCUCAGAAUGUAUACCCCAAGAAUCUAAACCUACCGCGUCGCGGAGGGUGUCUUCCCGACAACGAAUAUCACACCUUGAAUCGCAAGUAUCCAGCUUGAUCAAAGUGGUACAUCAAAUCGAAUCCAAACUCGGUGUUCAAGCAGAUUUGGCUUCAGAACUGGCUACAAGUCAACAGAGCCUUGGAAUGUAUACCUCGGAUGACGAAUCCAAUAUGUCGGAUAUUAUUACAACCGAACGACCAUCGCAUUUACAGUCACUCUUCCAGAAUGAUUGGCUUAGUUUAGAUAGCCGCCAGAAAACCGGACAACUACAGGAACGUAGGGAGAGAGCAUCUGCAAAUUUGCUGGAGACUGCGAGGCAAGCUCUUCAGAAAUUGAUCCCAUCGAAAGACGAGGUGGUCGGGAUUUAUAAAUCAUCAUUUGAAUGGUUGAGAAUUCUUCACGCAUUGCUUCCUCAGCCAUUCAUCGCCAGAUCUGACGAGGAAGCAAUUUCUAGCUACGAUCAAAUGAGAGAGCCGGACGUGGACCCUAUGGCACUCGCCUCGUGGAUGCUUACGCUAGCAAUGACUGCUCAGCAAACGCCCCAAGAAGAGAUCAUUACAGCUGGCCAGUCUGGAGAGUCCAUGAGGCGGUUUGAUCUCUCCCGAGUCAUAUCGAAUACUGUGGAGAGGACUAUCAUCACUCAUGAUCGACUGCUGGGCACAACAUCUGGGAUUAUGUUAUGUAUUCACUGGAUUCGACUCCAAUUACCCCAGGGAAAUUUCCAGAAAGCAUGGGUUAAGCUCCGGCACGUGAGCGCGAUCGCCGAGUUGAUGGGCCUGCCUAGAUCAUUCCAAGCUGUGCAGCGAAAUAUAUCAUCCGCAGCAAGUGACGAUAAGGUGCAGUUUGGCAAAGCUCAGUUAUGGGAAAUGAUUUGCGCUGCAGACAGACUUUUAGGGUUGAUUCUCAACCUUCCUCCAGACACGCGCUGGCAAAGACACCUACAAGACCAAGCAUUGAUCGUGGACGGUGUUGUUCAAUCUCGAUUAUAUUUUACCAAGCUGGCCAAUAUUGCUGGCAAGGUUCAGCAUUUGGAUGAACUGAACAUAUCACGCGAAAGUACUGCGGAACUUUCAGAGUCCACGUUUGAGCUGGUCGAAGAGCUAAGGUCACUUGCCUCUCAGACUCCAGAAUCUUGGUGGACCCAGCAGAUGGAGCACAUUGAGCCUGAUAACGUAGUACAGGCUAUCCAUUACUACGUGCUUUUGAGGGCUUAUAUGCCGCUUACCUUGCGCCAAGACUCAAGCGAAGAGCCCUACAAUACCCAGCUCGCUUGUUUCAAGGCAUGCGAAUCAGUCAUACAGCGGUAUACCACUCUUCUCAACGUACUACCCCCGGGAUUCUUCCUUCACACUAUGAUGGAGCUGCACACCUUCACCGCCACGGUGAUUCUUCUUCUGCUUUCCCAUACGUCGAAAAUAAAUCGGCAAUUCAGCCUGCAUGUUGACCGGGCAAGGGCUGAGAGAGAGGUGGAACAAGUUAUCAAUCUCAUGCGCCGGAUAAUCAAUAAUACUCCCACCUCACGAUUUGCUGAAAGUGCGGUUAACACAUUGUCUUCUUUGAUCAAUCUGCUCCAAGAAGACGAACACGCUACCCAAGGGCGGAGACUGAUGCUGGAUGUUCCUCUCUUGGGAAAAGUACACAUUCAGCGAAAUGUUCGUGUGUCUCAGCUGCCUGCAAUGGAAAUUAUCGAGCCGACGCGGAGAUCGGCCUCGAGGAUGCAAAGUCAACAACCAAAUCUUCUCCCUUUGAGCGUUGAUGCACUUUCCUCAAGUGUACAGGGCGUCCAGCAAUGGGAUGAUCUUUCCUGGUUUAUUGAAGAAGACCCUGCCUACCUUCACCAGGAUGCACUAAUGGCGGAUACUUUUGACAACAAUGCCUUUUUGUAUAAUGGGAUUAACGAGUUCCCAUCGUAUAUUUGA